AUCGAUGCAGAAACAAAACGCGAGUCUCGAAGAUCGAAAAGAGUAGGAGAGCAGAAACUCGGUGAAUCGUAUCGCGUUCAUCCUUCGAAGCCCGUCUAGAAUUACAUCGAGAUAAGUUUCGCACGAUGGAGGAGGCUCUGUCGAAAAGCGUGACGGGCGGACCGACUCUCGAACAGCAGAGGCUGUUUAACCGAUGAACAAACCCGGAAGACGAUCGAAGAUCGCCGUUGGAUCCCAAAGUAGGCGCGCAACGCGUCUAUCGAGGAAUCGUGAAAGCGAAAGUCUCGGAGAGAAUGCACGAUGCGGUGUAACGGUGACGCGAGUGUCAGUGAGUGAACCCAGUCGAAGAGAAAAAGAGCCGGAGAGAGGAAGUUUUGGUGCGAAGCAACGGAUUAAGAAAGAAGAAGAGAGAAAGGGAAAGAGAAAUCAGUCGAAGUGUCUCGAAAGAAUUCGUAGCAGCCACCGGGCCUAGCCAGGACACACUAUGACCGAAAGAUUUGUCUUGUUCAAGCGCCAUUACGAUAAAUACGUCGCUCUGGCAACUAAAUACGAGGAGGCUAAAGGUGUCGCUUAUUACUUGGAAGAACGUUACCAUGAAGUGAAGGCAGAAAGAGACAAAUUGGAAGAAACCAGACGAUCGUUGGAGAAGCGACUGGAGGGUUGCGAGGCGGAACUCCGAGGUAAAGAGGACGAACUAUUUCUACAACUGGAACGUAGUCUUCGUCUGGAAGAAGAAGUAGAGAGAGCUAAGACAGAACGGGACAAUUGCAUAGCUGCCAGAGAUCGGUUGGAGAAACAACGCGAGGUUACGUUGCGACGUUUACAAAUGCAACUAGCACAAAAUGAGAUCACGAGACAAACUCUUGAACGGGCUCGGCAGGAUGUUGUCAGACAGGCCACUGUUAUUCGUGCCGAACGAGAUGCUCUUGAAAGAGAGAAUGAAGUUUUAAAAGAAAAAUUGCGCAUAGAACAAGGAGAAUUGGGAGAGGAAAUACGUAGACGAGACGAAGGUGUUGCAGCGUUGACUCGAGAAACUAUGACAUUGAGACACGCAGCGAGACAUCUUCGUGCAGCAACAAUACAUGCCACGUCUUGCCGCCGUCGUCGACGGUGCUCUGUCUGUUUGUAUGCGAGACGCACUUUUGCCGAGGUCGAUGAUUAUCGCGACGAUGGAAAUCUUUUCAAGUGCCUUCAAGCGCCGCUACAGGAUCUACGUACCUGGUUGCGACCCAGCACGUCUGCAACAACAACAUCGCGUGGACAGAGGACUAUUUCAGUGUUAGCCGAUCAAGAAAUAGGUUUCAUUGACGAUUCCAGUGUUGAUAGCAGUGCCGGUGGAAGUAAUGGCAGCAACAGCAGCACAAGUAGUAAUAGUGCAUCUGAUGACGAAGCAUAUCCGAGUACUCCUGUUGCUGAAAUAUCACUUUCAUCGGCUAAUUCAAGCGUUCCAGCUACGGUUAGAGCCUUUUCAUCCGAUUCAGGGUUUUCUUCGGAAAUCGGAGAUCGAAGAUCACGAUGUUAUGAAAAUGGCGGUAGUAGCACCAGCAGUAGUAGCGGAAAAAGCAGAAAAAUUAGUGAAUCGCUUAGUUGCAGUGAACCGGAUGAGCAAAGUACAACAGGACUUACUCGGUCAAGAUGGACCUCCUCGUUUCGUAAAUUACUUGGACGGAAACCGAAGACCAAGUCCACAUCCGACCGCUCCUCAUGAAGAGACUAAGACUGAGAAAAGCACAGUCAUUGUGUUUGAAACACAUAGUGCAAAAUCAUAAAAUUUAGUGCUCCCGCCCUUUUUCGAUUGCGUCGUUGAUUUGAUCGAUAUCGUUCGCUUGAUCGGUAAAACAUUCCAAAUGAAUCCAUUUAAGAAUUAAAAAAAACAAUUCGAUACUGCCCGAAUAUUGAUAAUAAUGUAAUCCUGAUUUUCUUCAUAUUAAUAAUAUCGAAUUAAAAGUGCGUUAACAAUCACAGAUAUCGAAUUGUAUCACUAUAGAAAUUUAUCCUCGCAAUUGACGAUCAUUUUAUUAAUAGUUUACUUUUUCAUAUCUAAUAUGAAAUAUUUUGGCUAAUGUCUCGAUUGUUAAUAUUCACGACGAUGUAGGAAUUGAAAUUAAAAUAAAUUAUUAACGAUUAAUCGAUUUAUUGUUAAUUAAAAAGGAGACUGUGUUAACGAUUAAAUUGGACAUAAGAAAUUUAUAAAUACUUUAUUUCUAAUUGGAUAGUGAAUGAUGUUAUUAUUUAUAAUGUAUUUUAUUGCCUUUAUAUUGUUAUUGUUAAAAUGAUUAUUAUUCUACUAGCCAAAGAAGUAUAAAUAUAAAUAUAUAGAAUAUCCUGCCAAUUUUUCCUGCCAAAUUAUAAUAACAUGUUAUAUAAGCAAAAAUAAGAAAAAAAUGUUAAUAUAUACAUGUUAUACAAACAUUUAAUAUAUUAACUUAUAAAAGUUGUAAUAUAUUAACUUAAAAAGUUUAAUAUAUUAACUUAUAAAAGUUGUACAAAAAUAAUAUAAAUAUAAUAAAUAAUACGAAUUUGUUCUUUCUUUUAAAUAAAGUGAAAAUAACUUAUCGAUAUUUAUUUAAUUACACGAAAUGUUUAUAUAAAUACUAAUUUUACUAAUUUCCAAUUUUUUAAUUCAAUCUUUAACUAACUUCAAACUUAUAAAUAUCGAAUAAAUAUUGAUAAUUAUUCUCGUAUCAUAUAAACGAAAGGACAAGUCCAUUUUUUUUUAAAUUUGGAAUUUCUAAAUAAAAUUUAUAUUUAUAUAACUUUUUAUUUCUUAUUUUUGUUCAUAAAACAUAUAUGGAGGAAAAAAUUUGGGACACUCUGUAUACACGAAUAUCAAUUGCCGUUUGAUUCGAUAUAUUAUAGAAAUACAAAUAAUGAAAAAUUUACUUUUUACUUUUAGUGUCUAAUGAAAUAUUGAAAAUAUUUAUAACAAAACAUCAUUCAUCAAAUUAAAAACAAAAUUUUUUUGUGUGCAAUAGUAUAUAUAUAUAUUAAAAUCAAAUAAACAAUGUCAACUGAUCUUCUUUUACAGGAUAUCAUAUAACUUAUACAUAAUAGAAAACUUUAAUUCAAGUAGAUUGAAAUUAAUAAUAUAUAAAUGUAUCUAGGAAUAUAUUAUCAAUACAUUAUAAAAUAUGCGAAAACAUCAUAUCCAAGGUAAAAAAGUUUUCUUGAAAAUUUUACUUAAUUUGAUUAUUAAUUCAUUUAUAAUUAUUAUAGGUUCCUUUUUAAAUUUUAUUCAUAAGAAUAUUACAAAUUUUGUGUAUAUUUUUUAUAUUGUAUUUAUAAAUUUUAAUUUUAAUAGAUUUUUGUAAAUUCAUAAAACAAUUAUGAAAGCAAUUAUGAUUCAAUAUUGAGUUAAUGUAAAAAUUAAAAUUUAAAACAAAUCAAACAAUAAAUAUCUAUUUGAUAAUUAAAUUGAAUGAAUUCUCCACAAAGAUGAUAAAAAUAUUUAAAAUUAAUUUAUCUAAAAUUAUAUUACAUAUAUUAAUUUAUUACAAUUUUUUAUUAUUUUUUAUUUCUAAUUUCCUAAAAUUUUUGCAUUAACUAUUAAUAUUAUUGAAUUUUAAUUAAUUCGAAUAUAUUAUGUCUCAAGUGCAAAUAUAAUUAAAAAUACAAAAAGUAAGAUCUGAAAACAUUUUAUAAAAUUGAAUCCACUACUUUUAAAUAAGAAUAACAACAAUAAAGAUUAAUUGUUAUUAUCUUUUAGCGUAUUUUAAUUUUUAAUUGAUUUUUUUAAAAUAUUACCUCUGCUCUUUUUUCAGAAAUUCAUACACAUUUACAUAAUUUGUCAAAUUUUUAUCUACUUUGUAUAUAAAUAUUCACAAAGUAUUACAAAGUGCAUGAGAAUUAUUUUAAAUAUUUAAAAUUUUUUUUUUUUGGAUUACUAAAUCAUAAUAAUUGGUUUUCUAAUUAUAAUAUGUCCCUUAAAUUAUUUUUUAAUACAACAUAUUAUGAAUAUAUUAUGAAUUUAUGAAUAAUAUAUAUAUUGUGAAUUUUUUACUAUCUGAUUUUUUCUUAUUUUUUUUUAAAUUUUUAUGAAAAUAUAAAUUCAAAAAAUAAAAUAUUGAAAAUCAAAAAUUUAAAAAAGUCUCUUAAAUAUAGAUUUAAUUGGUUAAUUUUGAAGAUUAUAAUUUGAUUGGUUAAAAUAUUUGAUGGAAUAAUUUUAAUUGAUUGAUUUUUAAAUAUUAUAAUUAAGAAUAUAUAUAUAUAUAUAAUAAUCAAAAAAUUCAUAUAUACUUCCAAAUGCAUUUUUUUUCAACUUUUUCUGUAAAAUUUAUUAUAAAUUAAACUUCUUUCAAGAAAAGGAAUUAAAAUAUAUAAUUUUAUAAAGAAAUAAUUUUAUAAAACUAUUCAAACAAGUGAAAAGAAUUUAAUUGUAACAUUUUAUUUUUAUAUCAAUAAUUUAUAAAAUAUUUAAAAAAAAUAUUUUUAAAAAAUAGAAUUUUGAUGCAACAUUUAAUUUAACAUUUUAAUUUAAUCAAAAUUUUAAAUAAAUAUUUUCAUUUACAUUUCUCUUAAGUAAUGUUUUUAUAUAAUAUAAUUUUCCUAAUUAUCUGUAGCUAAUGAAUGUUAUUUGUAACUAAUAAAUAUAUAAAAAUAUAUUUUUAUACUUUUUAUUUUUUAUAUUAAUUUUCAAUUAAAAUUUAUUUGAUUGCAAUUAAUUUUUAUAAUUAAUUAAUUUCAUUAGGUUUUUUCCAAUUUUCUAUAAUUUAAUUUUUAUAUCAUGUUAAUCAAAAAUAAAAAAUGUUUUGCUUAUGAUUCAGAAGAAAAUCUUAAGUAUUUAUGAUUAGAUUGCAAUAUUUUUUAUAUUUUUGCAAUUGUUACGUAAAAUGACUCACUCAUGUUUCUCAAAUAUAUUAUAAAAUAUAAUUUUUAUAAAAAAAGAAUUUUGUGAUUAUCAACUUGUCUUUUUCCAUUUUUCUAUUAUUUAUUAUUAUUUACUAUUCUAUUUUCUUUUCUUAAUAAAAUAUAUAUUGCAUCAAAUUUAUAUUCUGAAAACAUAUUCUGUAUAUUAUUAAUAAUAGAAAAUAAAAAUAAAAUGUUACAGGUUAAAUAUAUUUAAUUCGUAUGUGUAUAUAAAUAUAUUAUAAUAACCUAAUUUCUUUUAAUUCAUUUCAAUUAUCGUUAUCGAAAAUCAAAAUUUUAAUUAUUUACUUCUUACGAUUACAUUAUCUAGGAGAUUUUAGAAAAAUAUCAGUUAACAUAGUUUUUAUCUUUUAAAUCAAAUACGUAUACCAUAUGACGUUUUUCGUAGAUUCUCCCACUUCAACUCUCGUAUGUACACGAAGUAUGAAUUUAACGAAUGUAAAAGCCGACAUGAACCGAAGUUGUUAGUUAGAUUUCACCAGUCUGACAGUAGAUAACUUGCAUAUAUAGUGCCGUAAUUGCAACAGAUAAAAAAAUUUAAAUAUAAUAAUGGAAAAAGGGAUACCAUCACCACCACCACCACCACCUGGUUUUAUUCCACCCAUGCCACCACCACCAUAUGGUGAAUUUCCUCCACAAUCACAACCACAACCACGUACGUAAAAUAAUAUAUAUAUAAAUGUUAAAAUAUGAGAACAAUGUAAUAAUUUUAAAUAUUGAAUAAUAAUAGGUUAUCGGGAAACCAAAAAUACAAAAAUGUAUAAAAUAAUUUAAUGAUAAAGAUUUGAAAGUGUUUAACCACACCUACUUAUAUAAUCAUGCGCAUCGCUUAUAAUUGCUGCUGCACACAAAAUCCCUAAAAUGAAUCCAUGAUAAUCAAAACCAAGCAAGAUAUAUAUAUAUAUGUAUUGAUGCUUUUAUUUCCACGUGGCAUUCUAGUGAUGACGAAUUAAGAUUAUUUUGUAACUUAAAAAACAACUGAAAGUUUUAAAAUAAUACUUUUCAAAUGAAUUCCAAUAAUUUACAAUGCCAAAGCAGAAUUUUCCAAAUUAUGUGUAGAUAUAUCGUCAUCGUUGGAAGGAGAAUUUAAAAUUAGAAUAAAAAAUUAGAAUAAAAUCUAAUGAAAAUGUUAAGUCAAUAAAAAUUUUUUAAUUCUUUAAUUUUCAAUAAUAUAAUAUUUUUAUUAUAUUAUAUAAAUGUUAAAAAAAUGUUAUAUAAAUGUUAAAAGAUUUGCUAAAUAUUUAAUAUUAUUUUUAAUAAAAUAUUUUUAAGUAUAUAUAUAUGUAUAUAUUAUAAACAUUGAUUAUAAUAUUAAAUAUAUAUUAUAAAUUUUAAAGUUAAAUGUAUUCAGUAAAUUUUGCUAAAAUCCUUAUUUUCAAUAAAUAAAUUUAAGUAAUGAUAUUAACAAUAAUAUGGUUAGAUAUUUAUGACUUUUAUUAAUUAUUUUAUUAAUUAUAAAAUUUUUCUAAUUAUUAAUAUUUUAAUUUACAAAAAUUUAUAUUUUUAUAAGAUAAGUUUUGUCAUUAUUAAUAAUUACUAUGUUAAAUAUUUUUAUAUGAAUUAAAAACCUAACAUUAAAAUAUAAUUUUGCAGAUAUCAUUGUCGUAGGAAAUACACAGUUUGGUUCAGAAUCACAACAUUUAACAUGUCCAUAUUGUCAUGCGCAGAUUAGUACAAGAGUUGAAACUGAAUCAAACAUGAAAACUCAUUUAUUUGCAUUACUUCUUUGCGCUCUUGGGUAAUUAUAUAAAACAUAAUUAAAUUCUAUUUAAAUUUAUUAACUAUUUUAUAAAAAAAAAAUUGAAUCAUAUUUAUAAUUGUUUUUAGAUUUUGGUGUUGCGUUCCUUGUCCUUAUUGUAUUGACAAUUGUUUAUCUAAAAAACAUUACUGUCCAGCUUGUAAUGCAUAUUUAGGAGAAGCAAACAACUGAAAAUAAAUUCAAAAUAUAAGUAUGAAAGUAGUAUAUAAUAUAAGUACAAAGUAUAUUAUAUACUGCUGAAAAUAAAGUAUUAUUAAUAAUUUUUCUUUAUAUAAUAUAUAUAUAUAUAUGUAUGUAUAUAUAUAUGUAUAAACAUGAAUUAUAAUAUAUAUACUAUUAUGAUUUUUUAUUAUGUAUAUAAAAAUAUUAUGCAUUUAUUUUACAUAAUUAAUAAUAAUAAUAAAAAAUAAAUUAAAAAAUAUGAAAAAUUCUGAAUCCUAUAAUAUAAAAUUGUGAUUAAUAAAUAUUACUAUAAUUCUUUAUAUGUAUAAAUAUCAUAUAUAAUUAAAUUAAAUUAAUUUAAUUUUAACAAUUUAAAAUUUGAAAUUGAUUAAUUUGUUACUUUCUUAUGUAUCUAAUUAAUAAUUUCAUAUCAAUUAUAAAUUAUAAGUUCAAAUAUUAUAUAUCAAAUGUGACUACUAAAUAAGAAUAAAUAUAUUCUUAAAAAUAAAAUUUUAAUAAAAUAUAUGAUUGUUAAAAUCAUUAUACUAUAUGAUUAUAUUUAACAAUAUAUCUAUAUAUUAAUAUAAUGAAAGUUUUUUUAUUAUUAAAUUAAACACAUUAUAUAAGAACUUGUUUUAUUACUAUUUAAGUAAAGUUAUAUACAGCAAAUUCUGAAUAUCAUCCGAUUGGCAGUAUGCAUGGUCAGAUUGAAUUAUGUAAAAGAACAUAUAUUAAAAUGAAUAUUUGCACUGAG